AUGUCAGCUCGUGUGGGCAAUCCCUGCGAGCGCGCGUCAAACGGUGAAGCAAUGAAGUGGGUAGCGCUGUUUCUGCUGCCCGUGAGCGUCACUGCUGUCGUCUUGCAGUCCGUGUCCGAGUCCGUGUCCGAUGAGGUAAAGGCGGCGCAAGCCCGAAGUGAUCGUUUCUAUACGGAGAUUUCUGUGGCGCAGGAGUCGGAGUUGAAAGAAGUAGAGCAACUGGAGGCUUCUUCGGCUUCGCCUUCCGACUUGCUGCCUGCCUUGGCGAUGCUGCGCAGCGUCUACUCGGAUGGCAAGGAGAGGAUUGGCAAGUUGAACAAACAGGAGGAAGAUUCCAAGAAGGAGUUCCAAAGCAAAGAGCAUGCUCAUGACCAGAAACUGGGCGACAUUCGGAAGAAGUUCGAUGCCAAGAAAAUCUCUGAGCAGUUCUAUCAGACGGAGGUCAAAGACGAGAAUCGCAUCUGGAAGUAUUGGACGCAAGUUCGUGCGCACCAACACAGGCAGUUUUUAGCCGCGCUGAGAGUCCAACACGGCACCAUGAAGAAAGUCAGUCACAUGAUCGACCUCUAUGAAAAGACCCUGGCAGCCAAGGGCAUCAAAGGUUAGGUCCCGACCGCCUGUUGAGGCCGGGGCAGAACUGUUCGGCCGCGCGAAUGGGUGUCCCUCA